AUUAAAUUUCUAUCUUUAAUUCGUUAAUUUUUUUUAAGUAGUGUAAAAAAAAUACUAAUAUCACAUGAAUUCUUAUUAAACAAAUGGUCAAGUAUGGUUAUUUAUACUUAUAUAACUUACAUACUAUGUAAAAAGUUUACUCUUCCUAUUGUCAAAAAAAAAAAAAAGUUUACUCUUUACAUUCCACUAAUAUUAAAAGGUACUUAAGACGUGUAUUAGAGAUCACAUAAAGUUAAUAGUAAUUGGACUAAUCACGACGUAUUGAGUUGACUAAAAUUAAUAAAAGGGUGCACCAAAAGCUAAAAACGAAAGGAGUAAAACAAAAUCAAAUGAAAUACUCCAAUCUCUAUAUGCUGAUUCUAUAUCAUAAUGGCUUUCACACUCGUUCCCCAAUCUCUUUACGCUGGUAUGCACCAAAUUUUAUCUCCGUCAAAGUGGUCAAACCGUAACAAACCAUAGCAAGGCUAUUUUAGUAAUUUCAUAAAUCCUCCUUCAAAAAUUCGCGGGUUUCCCAAAUUAUUUUACCAAAAAAGGAAAAAUAAAUAUUAUUGACAGCAAAGAGCCAGAUUACUGAGAUUGCAUACACUAUUACGUCACUACAUACUUCCUCACUCUCUAAUAUCUUCCCUAUAUAUAGGCAACCUUCAUAAGCCUAAUUUUACACAAUUUCAUUUCCAAAAUAACAGUGAAAAAAAAAAAAAUCUAGAGAGAGAAAAUAAUUCAGAGAGGAGAGAGAAAAAAGCUUGAAGGUGGAUAACAAUGGCGGCCUCUAAUGGCAGCGAGUUCUUCGAGAUAGAACUGAGUAAUAGCGAGUUAGAAUCGUCGUUUGGUCGACCUUCUAACGCUGAAGCUGUUGCUAAAGAUGAAGAAGACCUAAUUUGGGCUGCGUUUGAGAGGCUUCCUUCUGUUAAACGGACGAAACUCGCUGUUAUUUACGACGAUGAUAAUGGCGGUGGAGGUGAUAAAUUGAUUUCCACCAUUGAUGUUACUAAGCUUGAUCGUAAUCGUCGUGAAAUGGUUGUUUUGAAGGCGCUUGAUACUGCUGAACAGGAUAAUUAUAAGCUUGUUUCUGGUGUUAAAAAACGUUUUAAAAGAGUUGGAUUGGAAUUGCCGAAGGUAGAAGUGAGGUUUAAGGACUUGAAUAUCACAGCGGCAGUAAUGACUGGCAAACGAGCUUUGCCUACUUUGAUUAAUUUUUACCGUGAUAAAAUUGAGGCGAUAUUGAAAAUUUUGAGGCUAUAUCGUCCAGAAAGACAUUCAUUAACUAUCUUGAAUAAUGUUAGUGGAUAUCUCAAGCCUGGGAGGAUGACAUUGCUUCUUGGGCCUCCUGGAGCAGGCAAAUCUACCCUGCUACUGGCUCUUGCAGGAAAGCUUGACAGUAGCUUAAAGAAAAGUGGAACAAUUACAUACAAUGGCCAUGAAAUGAGUGAAUUUUGCGUGCAAAGAACUUCAGCUUACAUAGGUCAAACAGAUAAUCACAUUGCCGAGCUAACAGUGAGAGAAACUUUUGACUUUGCUGCUAGCUGCCAAGGAGCAAGUGAAUCCUUUUCAGGAUAUAUGGAGGAACUUGUUCGAUUGGAGAAACAAACAAAUAUACGUCCAAGCCCAGAAAUUGACGCGUUUAUGAAGGCACUGUCAGUUGGUGGAAAUAAGCACAGCAUUUCAACAGAUUACCUCCUCAAAGUUCUUGGCCUUGAUGUAUGUGCUGAUACAGUUGUUGGUAAUGACAUGAAUCGAGGUGUCUCGGGUGGUCAAAGAAAGAGAGUUACUUCAGGAGAAAUGAUUGUUGGGCCUAAGAAAACUCUCUUCAUGGAUGAAAUAUCCACUGGACUAGAUAGCUCAACUACAUUCCAGAUAGUGAAAUGCAUAGGGAACUUCGUUCAUCAAAUGGAAGGAACUGUGCUCAUGGCUCUUCUUCAGCCAGCGCCUGAAACAUUUGAACUCUUUGAUGAUUUGAUUUUGUUAUCAGAAGGGAAUAUGGUCUAUCAUGGUCCUCGAACAGAUGUGUUGGAAUUUUUUGAAUCAAUAGGCUUUCGAUUGCCCCCUCGUAAGGGCGUGGCAGAUUUUUUACAAGAGGUUACUUCUAAGAAGGACCAAGAGCAGUAUUGGGCGGAUCCUUCAAAGCCUUACCAGUUCAUUCGUCCUGAACAAAUUGCUGAAGCAUUCAAAACUUCUAGAUUUGGGAAGACUGUUGAAGAUACUCUAUCUGCUCCAUAUGAGAAAUCGCGGAGUCAUCCUUUAGCUCUGUCCAGAACAAUGUUUGCUGUACCGAAAUUGGAGCUUUUUAAGGCUUGUUUCUCAAGAGAAGUUCUAUUGAUCCGAAGGCAUAGUUUCCUCUACAUUUUCCGAACUUGUCAAGUCGCAUUUGUGGGGUUAAUCACAGGAACAACUUUUUUCAAAACAAGGCUACAUGCUACAGAUGUGACUUACGGAAAUCUGUAUAUGUCCUGCCUUUUCUUUGGGGCCGUACAUAUAUUGUUUAAUGGCCUUUCCGAGCUGUCUCUCAUGAUAUUUAGACUCCCAGUCUUUUACAAGCAAAGAGACAACUGUUUCUAUCCUGCUUGGGCAUGGUCACUUUCAAGCUGGGCUCUACGUGUUCCAUAUUCAAUCAUCGAAUCUGUAGUAUGGUCAUGCGUUGUAUAUUUCUUGGUUGGAUUUACUCCUGAAGCUGGAAGGUUUUUCCGUUUCAUGCUGCUUCUAUUUGUGAUCCAUCAAAUGGCAUUGGGUCUUUUUCGGAUGUUAGCUACACUAGCAAGAGAUAUGGUCAUUGCUAGUACUUGUUCUUCAGCUUCAAUGCUUGCUGUACUCUGUUUGGGUGGUUUUAUUCUUCCAAAAAAUAUGAUAAAACCUGGGUGGACAUGGGCAUACUGGAUAUCGCCCCUUUCCUAUGCUCAAAAUGCAGUUUCUGUAAACGAAUUUACAGCACCAAGAUGGAUGCAGCCCUCAGGAAACACUACAGUUGGAAAGAAUGUCCUUGAGUUGCAUGGAAUGCCAACAGAUGGUCGUUGGUACUGGAUUGGAAUUUUUGUGUUAUUAUGUUAUGCACUUCUUUUCAACUGCAUAGUUACUCUAGCCUUGGCCUACCUGAAUCCUUUAAAGAAAGCUCAGACUGUGAUCCCAGUUGACAUCUCAGUCGAUGGUGCACCCAAUAAAGGCAAAGAUGAGGUUCUCAAUUCAAAUGGAGUUUCUCCCAGACCAGACAAAAAUAAGGGAAUGAUUCUUCCAUUUGAACCACUGAGUAUGACAUUUCAUAAUGUCAAUUACUUUGUUGACAUGCCAAAAGCUAUGAAGGAAAAAGGUGUACCAGAAACGAAGUUGCAGCUAUUGGCAAAUGUGAGUGGAGUUUUUUCACCAGGAGUCCUAACUGCAUUAGUUGGAUCAAGCGGAGCAGGAAAAACCACUUUGAUGGAUGUGCUAGCGGGAAGAAAAACAGGUGGAUACAUCAAAGGAGACAUUAGGAUCUCAGGCUAUCCAAAAGUGCAGCAUACUUUUGCCAGAAUUUCAGGAUAUGUUGAACAGAAUGAUAUUCAUUCUCCUCAAGUGACAGUGGAGGAGUCUCUCUGGUUCUCUUCUUCACUUCGUCUUCCAAAAGAAAUUAGUAAAGAAACCAAAAAGGAGUUUGUUGACGAAGUGAUGAGGCUUGUAGAGCUUGAUAGUCUCAAACAUGCUUUGGUGGGAUUGCCUGGUACUACUGGCUUAUCAACAGAACAAAGGAAACGACUAACAAUUGGAGUAGAGCUCGUUGCAAAUCCUUCUAUAAUUUUUAUGGAUGAACCAACAUCAGGACUUGAUGCACGAGCAGCAGCUAUAGUGAUGCGAACAGUCCGUAAUACUGUUGACACAGGACGAACUGUGGUCUGCACUAUACAUCAACCAAGCAUUGACAUAUUUGAAGCAUUUGAUGAGUUGCUUCUUAUGAAACGUGGUGGACAAGUUAUAUAUGGAGGAAAACUUGGACUUCACUCCUGCAUUAUGAUAGACUAUUUUCAGGGAAUAGAUGGAAUCCCUCCCAUUCCUGAUGGCUAUAAUCCUGCAACUUGGAUGCUUGAGGUUACUACCCCUGCUGUUGAAGAAAGGCUUGGUCAAGAUUUUGCUAACAUUUAUCAAAACUCCAAUCAGUUCAGAGAGGUAGAAGCUUUCAUAGAGCAAGGGAGUAUACCACCACCUGGAUCAAAACCAUUACAUUUUAAUACAAUAUUCUCUCAAGAUAUCAUAUCCCAGUUUCAGCUUUGUCUUCAGAAGCAAUUUCUUGUAUAUUGGAGAUCUCCAAAGUAUAAUGCAGUGAGAUUCCUUCUUGCUACAAUCUGUGGACUGGUUCUUGGCUCCAUAUUCUGGGAUAUUGGUUCAAAAAGGGAUUCGAUCAUCAACUUGUUUACAAUCAUGGGAGCCCUUCAUUCUUCAUGUUUGUUCUUGGGCGUCAGCAAUGCUUCUUCAGUACAACCAGUUAUAUCCAUUGAGAGAACAGUUUUCUACAGAGAAAAGGCUGCAGGAAUGUACUCUCCUCUGGCUUAUGCAGCUGCUCAGGCUCUUGUGGAAAUUCCAUAUAUUGCUGCACAGACAUUAUCAUAUGGCAUCAUCACUUACUUCAUGAUUGGUUUUGAAAAGACAAUAAGGAAAUUUCUGCUGUACCUUGUCUUUACAUUCCUUACUUUCACUUACUUCACCUUUUAUGGAAUGAUGGCUGUCAGCCUUACACCUACGCAGCAUAUGGCAGCCGUCAUAUCUUCUGCAUCUUACUCACUUUGGAAUCUAUUUUCUGGCUUCCUUAUUCCCAAGAGUUAUAUCCCUGGCUGGUGGAUUUGGUUCUAUUACAUCUGCCCUGUGGCAUGGACAUUACGUGGACUUAUUUCAUCACAGCUUGCUGAUGUUGAGACCAUCGUCAUUACAGAAGGGUUUAAGGGCUCGGUCAAAGAUUAUCUGGAUCUCCAUUAUGGCUUUAACUCUGAAAUGAUUGGUAUAUCAGCUGUUGUUCUUAUUGGCUUUUCUCUCCUUUUUUCUGGCGCCUUUAUGGCUUCUAUCAGAUUCCUGAAUUUCCAGAAAAGAUGAGAACAAACACAUUUGUUGGCCACUGUUGGUGAGGAAAAGAUUAAAAUUUUACAAGUCGCCAAAGAAGAGGAGGCCCAAGAGAAAAGUAUAGGGGACAGACAAACAUGAAUCUUGUAAGGAAUUAUCGGAUGGACUUUAUACUUGGAUCACUGAGGAUCCAAUUCCAACUUCAUGUUUCAUCUCUCAGGCAGAGUUUUAGCAUAGGCACGUCAAAUGCUUCUGCUUGAAACUUACAGAAGCAAUAUGGCACAUCUGACAAUUUUUAGGAUCUCAUGCCAAUCACAGAAGUCAACUAGCUUAGCUAAUAGAUUUGUUUUAGGAAGAGAAAGGAGGCGGUAUUUUGAGACUUAGGACCCAUCUCGUCUCCAUUAUUGCCCUUUGUAGUCCCAGUU